UGUAUAUAUAUACUCCUUGAAAGAAGAGAGGAAAAAGAAAAAUAGAAAAAUAGGACAAAUUCUGGCCAACAGAGGGCUCACACAACCUGCAAGUCAAGGAAGGAGACAGAUCAUCUGCUAUUGCCCUUUGCAUCUCACUGUAUACAGAUGUAUGUCGAGAAAGUUGUAACAGAGAAGAAGAUGGGGAGCAAGGGCAUCUCUCUGACCUGUGUGUUGACCCCCUGCCGGGUGAUGGGCAUGUGUCUGAUACUGAUGAUCUUGGGAGCUGUUGGAGCAGCCGUUUGGGCCGUAGUUACGUUUUGUACAAUGGAGGAAGAUACAGGAUUAUAUGACAUUCAGGUAAAUUCUGCUGACCAGCGUCUCAGAGUCUUUGACUCCACCCAGAAGAAGUGGCGUCAGGUGUGUUCCUCCUCAGCCAACGAACAGCUUGCGAGCAUCAGCUGUGAAGAAGUGGGCUUUGUCAGUGUGGUGAAUUACUCGGUCACAUCAGUGCCAGAGGCCAGUGGAGAUGGCGGAGAGUUCUUUUGUGUGAGACAGGAGGAGCUCAGCUACGGCAAGAAGAUUAAGGACUCAUUGUUUCCAUGUGACUGUGACAGCAGGGAGGUUCUCACACUUUUGUGCCAAGACUGUGGCAGACGCAGUUUUGCAGCAGACCGUAUAGUUGGUGGUGUGGAUGCGCGGCAGGGCAGCUGGCCGUGGCAGGUCAGCUUACAGUACGAUGGAGUUCAUCAGUGUGGAGGAUCCAUCAUCUCAGACCGCUGGAUUGUCUCUGCAGCUCACUGUUUCCGCGAACGGAUCCGCUUUGUGAAUCGCUGGCGCGUGCUGCUGGGCUCAAUAUACAAUAAACCAGUCAAUGCCAACGUGGCGGAGGUGAAGACCAUCGUUUAUCACAGCAGCUACCUGCCCUUCGUAGACACCAACAUCGACGACAACAGCAGGGACAUCGCUGUUUUGGCCCUCACACAACCACUCACUUUCAAUGAAUACAUCCAGCCUAUUUGUCUGCCAGCGUAUGGUCAAAGGCUGAUAGAUGGACAGAUGGGGACAGUAACAGGCUGGGGAAACGUUGGCUACUAUGGUCAUCUGGCAGAUGUUCUCCAGGAAGCACAUGUCCCCAUCAUCAGUGACGCUGUCUGUAACGCUGCCGAUUACUAUGACAAUCAGAUCACCACCAGCAUGUUCUGUGCUGGUUAUGAGAAAGGAGGCACUGAUGCCUGUCAGGGAGACAGCGGUGGUCCUUUUGUGGCGGAGGACAGUCAGUCUAAGGCCAUUCGAUAUCGUCUGCUGGGGGUGGUGAGCUGGGGAACAGGUUGUGCCAUGGCAAAGAAACCUGGCGUCUACACCAGAGUGUCACGGUUUCUUCCCUGGAUAUCCACUGCCAUGAGGAACUAUCACAAUUCACCAGGGGUUCACAAAAUGGCCCGGAUAUGAGAUUACUGCACCACUUUUUCUAGAUAAAAAUAUGGACAAAUCCUGUUUAUGUCAAUAGGGAGUGUUAUGAUGGGGGGGUGGAGAGUUUAGACCCCCCCUUUCUCCUAAUACUGAGGAUCUUACCACUUCUUUUCCCUGUAGUAAAAAAUGUAAACUAGUGUCAUCCUUCAUAAUGAUCAUAAUGGUCAUUUCCCUUUUUUUGUUGUGAGUUCAUGCACUAAAGAGAUCACGUGGCUCAGAUUGAGGUGCACUUAUUCAAGUGUUAAUGAAACCUCCACAAAAAAACAAAAACAUAUCUAAAUGAUAACAAAGGUGGAUGUUUUUUCCCUAUCAUCAAGGUACAAGUGAGUAUUACCACACACUAUGGUUCUUUUUGACUUCAUGUGUCCAAUUACUUUCAAACCUUUAUGUGUUUUUGUACAUUUAAGCAAAUACUUAGCACCUUAAUUUUUUUUU